AUGGACAAGAAGCAAGCACACUGCACGUUGGGACUUGCCUUGCUCCAGAAGCAAGAACUAGACGAAGGGGUCAAUGAACUACAAAAGAUAUCACUUAAUUUGGUUUUGAAGGCAUUGGAUCUUGGAAGGGGAGUAAAUCCAAAGGGUUAUAUGAUAGAUGAGAUUUGGCAAGAGCUUGCAAAAGCAAAGUACCUGCAAUGGGAGCAUGCAUCUUCCAAGCGUUCAUGGGAAUUGAAAAGUUUGAAGGAGGCUUGUGAAACUGCACUUAAAGAAAAACAUUUUCUUGAUGAUUCUCAUCCAGGAAGUUUUUCAGAUGAAGCUAUUCUUUCCCAUAUGAAGCAACUGGAGGUCCUGAGUCGAGUGUUUAAGGAAGCUGGUGAAGCUGACAUCCCUGGUGAGGUGCCGGAUUACUUGUGUUGUAAAAUCACACUUGAUAUUCUCCGUGAUCCUGUCAUUACUCCAAGUGGAGUUACAUAUGAGAGAACGGUGAUCCUUGAACAUCUUCAGAAGGUCGGUAAGUUCGAUCCAGUUACACGUGAACCGCUCGAUCACUCCCAGCUUGUACCUAACUUAGCGAUAAAGGAAGCAGUCCAGGCAUAUUUAGAUGGACAUGGUUGGGCAUACAACACAAACUAAAGGUUUUGAAAACUUGUCUGUUUUGCUGGACAUUCAAAGACUUAGCAGAGCAAUGAAGAGUAUGAAGUCAUCGGUUGGUGUCUGCCUUUUUGUUUGGUGUACUUUUGUCAUGUUGGGCAUAGUUCAUUUUUGUGGAUGCUUCAGUGUGUAAGGCCAUCCCACCAUGCCAUUUACCACUGCAUGUCAAUGGUCAAGGCCUUGUGAUCCAUUGAAAUUGUACAGUUAAUUCUCACAACAAUUAACUGUUAACAGAUACCAUGUAUGGGUUCUAUUCAAUGGCAUUAGAAAGAAACUUAUAUAUUUUACAUUGCUCCUGAGAGGCUUGUUGGCUCUUUGUUAGGAAUAUUGGAAGGCUGCCAUGCUGUAAUUUGUGUUAGGUAGAACUUGACAUGCGGGUAUAUCUUUUGGGUAUUUUAUAUAAAGUUACGGAAGGCCGGUUGUCUCCCAAGUUAAAAUGAUACUGAGUUCGGCCGUGGGCAUCCAUUCCGAUUCUUAUUGUUUUCAAUAUUUUUUUGUCAUGAAUGGUCCAAGGAAAAGACCAAAGACCAUGCAUCGUUUACAUUUACGUAUCUUCGUU